ACUUCUCCUCUUUGUCCACCCAAACCCUCCUUUUACCCAGAUUCCUCCAACCUCUUCACCUCCUAAUUCGCAACUCAUAAACCAGUAGCCACCUUAAAUAUUUACCUUCCCCAAAAUUCUUGCAUACGUACAACUGUUGUACACAAUUUCCCAACCACAUAACUUGUUACAUAACUCUACCACGUGACACGUUUUUUUUACAUAGAAUACAAAUUCUCUUCUUCCUUGUACCUUCAAGAAAACUCUGAUCACACGAACCAUCCUCAUAACUCGUACACGAGUUAAAUCAAGAAUCAUGACGAGUGUAACAUAUACAAGAGAGAUGCAAGAACUUUUUUCUUUUUCUUGCAUCCUCACCAACACCAAGUUUAUAUAAGCAUAUACAACAAUCCAAAAAAUCAUUUAAAACCAAAGCAUGAAAUUCAGGAACAAGCUGCACGUAUAGCAUUGUGUCCGUACGUCUUUUAUUUUUGUUCUUCCACUUUCUAAAUUCCUUCCCUCUCUAAACAUUCCCACACCACCAACUCCUCACCCAUCAAAUCAAUCAAACCCUAAACAUUUUCAAGAUCCAAGAAUUCACUAAUGGCACCACUAUUAGCAUUUCUUCUGGUUCUCAACAUCUUCAUAAAUUCACCUCAACUCGGGCUGAGUCGCCCCAACCUCAUCCCACCUAACUUCUCCCAACUCGACUCGUGGAUCGCCCACAACAUGAGGGACUACGCCAACCGCAAGGCCACCCAAACCACUCUCCGCUUCGACGCCCAACUUCUCUCUGCCGAGGAAAUUGUCAGAAUCAUAACCGUCAGGAAAGACGGAACCGGCCAAUUCAGAACCGUCACAGACGCAGUCAACAGCAUUCCUUCUGGGAACACAAGGCGCGUCGUGGUUUUCAUCGGCGGGGGCGUGUAUACGGAGAAGGUUCUUGUUGACGCGUCAAAGCCGUUCGUGACGUUUUACGGGGACCAGAACGACGUGCCGUCAAUCACGUUCGAUGGCACGGCGUUGAAGUACGGGACGUGGAAUAGUUCCACGGUGGCGGUGGAGUCCGACUACUUCGUGGCCGUCAAUAUUGCGUUCGUGAAUUCAGCUCCGAUGCCGGACGGAAUAAGGCCGGGGGCACAGGCGGUGGCGAUGAGGAUAUCAGGAGACAAGGCAGCGUUCCACAACUGCAGGUUCAUAGGAUUUCAGGACACGUUAUUGGAUGAUAGGGGGAGACAUUUCUUCAAGGAUUGCCACGUCCAAGGCACGGUCGAUUUCAUCUUUGGCAAUGGCAAAUCCCUCUACUUGAAUAAUACGAUACAUUCAGUUGCAAAUGGUAUGGGGGUGAUAACGGCACAUGCUAGGGAAAAUGUGGAAGACGAUAGUGGUUUUGCGUUUGUGCAUUGCAACAUAACGGGGACAGGUGACACAUUUCUUGGGCGAGCUUGGAGGGAGAGACCUAGGGUUGUGUUUGCUUACGCAUACAUGGGCUCUCUCAUCAAUAAACAAGGAUGGUCUGACUACAUGCAUACCGAGCGCGAUAAGACUGUGUAUUAUGGAGAGUACAAGUGUAUGGGACCGGGUUCGAGCUCAUCGGGUCGGGUCAAGUAUGCAAGAAUGUUAUCUGAUGAAGAAGCAAAGCCCUUUCUCAGCCUGACUUUCAUCAAAGGAACAAAGUGGGUUCUCCCACCUCCCAAGCUCUGAAUUAUAUAUAUGUAUACUGCUCAUAUCAUCAGUAUAUAUAUGUGUGUUCAAUGUAGUAAAUAAAAUGAGGAAUACUAGGUUGAAGGUCAAAGGAAACUAGCCAGGCCAGCAUUAAUGUGCUCUCCUGUAAGUGUCUUACCAUUUGUAUGUAGUUUACCCCAUGUUGUAAGCUUGUAACUUUGCAAGAAAAGCAGAUUAUUUAGUGAAAAUUGGGGUUUCUAUA